AAAAACACAUUGCUGUGGUCUGGCAACUUCACGGGGUUCGUCAUUAAUUUUUCUUUGCAAUCUUUGGAAAAUUAUUUUAAUUUAAAUCAUGCAAAAUAAUAUAUAAAAAUCAAGUGAAUAUAGUAUUCUUAAGUUCACAUGGAAAUUCCAAAGUUGAUGCUAUAGAAAGUUGCUGGCCGAAACAAAGGAAGUUGAGAGCAGAGAAACGCAGCAAAUUUUGAAACAAAGUUAAUUCGGAGGAGUCCAUCGAACGAACUGCAAAGCAGCUAAACAAAAAAAAUCGCAUAGAAGAAAUAGGUGCAAGCGAAACACACACGAAUACUGAAAAAGGAAAAAGCAAUAUGGAAAGUCCAUGUGAAUCCGAGAGCUCAUUGGAUGGCGGUACCAUGUUGCCUCCCAGCCCCGUUUCUAGGGAGCAAUUACAAAAAAGGAUUGAAUCUCUUACUCAACAGAAUAAGGUCUUAAAAGCCGAACUAGAUACCAUGAAAAUAAAAUACAAGGUUGUACAGGAAGAAAAUCGUACUCUGAAACAAGCAUCCGUGAUAAUUCAAGCUAAGGCAGAACAGGAGGAAGAAUACAUUUCGAAUACAUUGUUAAAAAAGAUCCAAGCUUUGAAAAAGGAAAAGGAGACACUGGCCCAUCACUAUGAAAGAGAAGAAGAAUGUCUGACCAAUGAUCUAUCACGGAAAUUAGAUCAGUUGCGUCAAGAGAAAUGCAAACUGGAACAAACGUUGGAACAGGAACAAGAAUGUCUGGUGAAUAAGCUAAUGCGGAAAAUUGAAAAGCUACAAGCUGAGACGGACAAUAAGCAAACAAAUCUGGAACAGUUGCGCCGCGAAAUGGUCGAGCUGGAAAACACCUUGGAACAGGAGCAAGAAGCCUUAGUUAAUAAGCUGUGGAAACGCAUGGAUAAAUUGGAGACCGAAAAACGUUUGCUGCAAAUUAAACUGGAUCAACCUGUGUCGGAUCCAACAACACCACGUGAUAUCACCAAUGCCAAUGGCGAUACCGCCUCUAAUCUUAGCUCUCACAUACAAACUUUAAGAUCUGAGGUCAUACGUUUGCGUGCCAAUUUGGCCGCCGCCGAGGAGGAGACUGCAAAGAAACUACAACAAUUUGCCCAGGAGGAGAAAUCGAUACGUGAAGAAAAUGCCCGAUUGCAGCGUAAAUUGAAACAGGAAGUGGAAAGGCGUGAGGCACUAUGUCGCCAUCUAUCCGAAUCGGAAUCUUCAUUGGAAAUGGAUGAGGAACGUUUCUAUAAUGAGAAUAUUUUGGCCACUGGGGCACCGCUAACAAGUGCCGCCUUGAAUGCUCAUCGUCAGCGAACCAUUAGCAGCCCUGUGUCGCAUAGUCCAUCGAGUAGUCGUCCCUUGAGUCCAGGCAAUUCACAACACAAUCGUUGUUAUGCAUGUGGACAAGUUGUGAAUCGUCGUGCUAGUGAACGUUUUAUUAAACCAGCACUGCCAACUCCUAUGCUAGGUCUCAAUACAUCAGCACCAAAUGUUUUGUCGGGAUCCACAGGUGGUGUUGGUGGUGGACCAUCUGUGGUUGGUGGCCUAUUUUCCUCAUGUUCCUCAAAUGCUAAUGCCGGGCCCCCACCAUCAGGGUUCCUCAACAGCAAUGAUCGCUUGUCAUUUACAUCGGCAUCCCUGUUAGGCAACACUACCAAUAACCCAUCAGGCGGUUCUUCCAACAGCACUCAAGCAUUCAACAACAUAAAUACGUCCAAUACAAGCGUGAAUAGUACAAGCAAUUCCGCUUUUACGCCCACAAAUCCAAGUGGUGGCACCUUUGCUCAACCAGCCAGUCCCAUGGACACUUCAUCAUGCAAAGACUAAAUUUUGAGACACAGACACACAAGAACAGCAGAAGUGAAACUUAAGUAGUUAAACGAAAUAAAAAAUGUUGUAUGGAUUUUUUUUUUAAAUUCAACUAAACUAAGUAAUUAACUUUUACAAAAAAAAAAAAACAAAAAGGAACCCCCCUCCCGCAAGUUCUUGGGUGGCAAACCUAAUAAUGAAUCUUCUUUGUGCAUGCGUUGUAUUUCCCCCUGGGUAUCAUUAAAAAAACAACAACAACAAAUUUAACAAAUGGAAGCGCAACUGUGCGGCACCUAUAACCAAAAACACAGAGACGACACCCAUUAAAAAAAAUAUUGAAUUUAUUCGAUGCCGUUCAUACUAAAUAAGCAAACAAAAAUAAGAAAACUUCUCAAAAACUAUUAAUUAUUAAUUAAAAUUGAAAGAAUGAAUGAAAAGAAGACCCACAGUCUUCGAAACGAAUACAAAAUGCAAGUGUAACAUGUGAAUGGUUCGCUUUGAGCUUUUUUUCCAAAAUAACAAAACCACAAUAUAAUUAACUUUAAUAUUAUUAUCAUCCCAAAAAAAAAAAAAGAAAAA